CUUAUGUGCAGAGUUAACUUUUAGCGUUCUCUUUCAUAUUCGUUUAUCAUGGCAAGUUAGCCCGGAUGUAUUUUUAAUGCAUUAUGCUAUAACCGAAACAAAGGCUAUGAAGGAAAAUAGUAGAUUGUGUAGCUGUACGAUGUGUGAGUUUCCUCAGUAACCCCUGGAAAGUUUUAGUUGUCCAGUAUUCCCCGCGUGGCUCUCCCAUGUUUACGGAGCUGUCGGAUGUCUCCAUCUGACCGGACUUGUAAACACUCCUAUUAGACCAUGCUGAAGUCCAAAACGUUCGUGAAGAAGACCCGCUCGGGCGGGAUAUUGAAGGUAGUUCGUGAGCAUUAUCUCCGAGAUGACAUUUGGUGCGGAAGUGAAGUCUGCGUGGAGUGCAAAGAUGAAUCUCCGGUUCUGGAAAAGGACCCAUGCAUGGAGAGCAGCAUGUGUACAUUUCCUCACUAUCUCAUUCCUGACACGAAUGUUGUUCUGCACCAGAUCGAUGUUUUGGAGGACCCGUUGAUCAGGAACGUCAUCAUCUUACAGACGGUUCUUCAAGAGGUUCGACACAGGAGCGCACCAGCCUACAAGAGAAUCAAAGACGCGAUCCACAACAAGGAGAAACAUUUCUACACAUUCACAAACGAACAUCAUCGGGAAACGUUCAUCGAGCGCGAGCCAGGAGAGAGUGCAAAUGACAGAAAUGACCGAGCCAUCCGCGCGGCUGCACAUUGGUACAGCAAGCACAUACCAGACAGUGCGGAGAUCAAAGUUGUCAUGCUGACAAAUGACCGGUUGAAUAAAGAGAAGGCAGAACAGACUGGCUUGCUUGUUUAUAGAUGUGAUGAGUACAUCAAGAGUUUAAUCGCCAAUCCUGAGCUUGUGGACCGGCUUGCCUUGACCUCAGAUGAGAAGAAUGAAAUUACCAGCUCUAAAAUCUUGUUCCCAGAGCAUCUUCCGCUGUCUCAAAUUCAGUCAGGUAUCAAGAGUGGCAAAUACAUUCAGGGAACCUUCCGGGCCAACAGGGAUAACUUCCUGGAAGGGACUGUCUUUGUGCAUGGGGAAGGAGAUGAAAGCACUGAGAUUCUGUUACAAGGUCUUCAGAAGCUGAAUCGGGCUGUGCACCAGGACGUGGUGGCGGUGGAGCUGUUGCCGCAGGAGGACUGGGUCGCACCAUCCGCUGUGGUCCUGCAAGACGACGGGUCUAAAGGCGAGGAUGAGGAGGAGGAAGAGGAGGAAGAGGAGAAAAAACUGCAAACCAAACAGGUGCACCGUGACUCUCUGAAGCCCACAGGCCGAGUGGUGGGCAUCAUCAAGAGAAACUGGAGGCCCUACUGUGGAAUGCUGACCUUGUCCCACAUCAAAGAGUCCACAAGGCACUUGUUCACGCCGGCAGACCGUCGCAUCCCCAGGAUCCGCAUCGAGACCCGGCAGGCAGCCACCCUGGAAGGCCAAAGGAUUAUGGUGGCCAUUGACGGCUGGCCCAAAAACUCCAGAUAUCCAAGGGGCCAUUUUAUGAAGAACCUGGGCAGUGCCGGAGACAAGGAGACCGAGACGGAGGUGCUGUUGCUGGAACACGAUGUCCCUCAUCUGCCCUUCUCCCAGAACGUGCUCAGCUUCCUACCCAGCAUGCCGUGGGCCAUCACUGAGGACGACAUGAACAGGAGGGAGGACCUUCGCCAUCUGUGUGUGUGCAGUGUGGAUCCCCCCGGGUGCACAGAUAUUGACGACGCUCUGCACUGUCGAGAACUUGAGAAUGGAAACCUAGAGGUUGGUGUUCACAUAGCAGACGUCAGCCAUUUCAUUCGCCCAGGGAAUGCUAUGGACCAAGAGGCUGCCAGCAGAGGGACCACCGUGUAUCUGUGUGGAAAGAGAAUCGACAUGGUUCCAGAGCUGCUGAGUUCCAACCUGUGUUCACUGCGCUCCAAUGUUGAACGACUGGCCUUCUCCUGCAUCUGGGAGAUGAAUGACAAUGCGGAAAUCCUCAACACCCGCUUCACCAAAAGCGUCAUCAACUCAAAGGCUUCUCUAACCUAUGCUGAGGCUCAGAUGAAAAUUGAUGAUAGGAACAUGAAUGAUGACAUCACCAAGAACUUACGAGGUCUGAACAAGCUAGCGAAGAUCUUGAAGGCGGGAAGAAUUGAGAAGGGAGCGCUGACGCUGUCCUCUCCUGAAGUUCGCUUCCACAUUGACAGUGAGACGCACGACCCCAUCGACCUUCAGACCAAGGAACUCCAAGAGACUAACUCUAUGGUGGAGGAGUUCAUGUUGCUGGCCAACAUCUCCGUCGCCCAGAAGAUCUACGACGAGUUCUCGGAGUGCGCACUACUCAGAAAACAUCCGUCUCCUCCUCCCUCCAACUAUGACAUCCUCCACAAAGCCAUCAAGACAAAGAACCUGGUGAUCCACACAGACUCCGCCAAAGAGCUGGCGGACUCUCUGAACCAGGCAGACAUCGAGGGCUUCCCUUACUUCAACACUCUGCUGCGUAUCCUAGCAACACGCUGCAUGAUGCAGGCCGUCUACUUCUGCUCGGGCCUGGACUCCGAUUUCAGACAUUAUGGCCUGGCCACGCCCAUCUACACACACUUCACCUCGCCCAUCAGGAGGUACUCUGACAUCAUCGUGCACAGACUGCUGGCCGUGGCCAUCGGAGCAGAUAGCACCUACCCGGCCCUGAUGGACAAGCACAAGCAGGCCGCCCUCUGCAACAACCUCAACUACAGACACAAGAUGGCGCAAUACGCCCAGAGAGCUUCAGUCGCCUUCCACACUCAGUUGUUUUUCAAAAGCAGAGGGAUUCUGAAUGAAGAAGGCUUCAUUCUAUUUGUGAGGAAGAAUGCCAUCAUUGUCCUCAUUCCCAAGUUUGGUUUGGAAGGAACGGUGUUCUUUGAGAACAAAGAUAAGCCCAGUCCUAAGAUGACUUUCAACGAAGAGGUUCCCACACUGACUGUGGAAGGUCACACAUUUAACCUGUUUGACCGUGUAAGGGUGACCAUCAGUCUGGAUGCGUCCAACAUUCAGCACCAGAAGAUCAGGAUGUCCCUCCUGGAGCCAGUGAUCCCUGGAGUGAGUGUACCCCUACCCGAGGCAGAGCCAGAGGCCAAGAAAGCUAAGCUGGAUCGCUGAAGAACUCGCCUUUCGAGUAGACCCUGUUGAAAGGCACAACCCCUUUCUUUUUUAACUCUCUCAUGCAAAAGUCUGUGGUCUUGAGGGACCCUUCUCUCUGAAAUGCCCAGCCAUGGACGUGUUGCUUUUUGUUUUUUUAAACCAUUGUCAAGAUAUUUACCAUGAUCUAAUCCAGUGUGUUGGAAGUGUAUUAAACAACACCUCUACAUCAAACAGUUGUAUUGCAUUCGCUUCAUUGCCCCAAAUGCUCCAAUUAAGGGGUUUUAUUUUAACAUAAAACGUCCCCAUUUUAAAUCAUUGUUUAUAGGCACUAAGCCACAGACCUUUGGAAUGGAGCAGAUGUUCCCUGUGGGGUUUAAUAUGAGAAGCACAGGUCUCAUUACUCUAGUUACUUUCUAGCCGGGCAUAAUUACACAUUUUAAUUUUCUGUUUUAUAAGAAAAUAUCAGUACUGAUGUAUUUAAAAUGUAGAACUUUUAAAUGAGUUAGCAAGUCAUGUCAGACAGCUUCCCAGCACUGCCAUUUUAAAGACACGCUAUGCAAUAAUUUGCCACUUUUUGAGGUAUGUUUUUAUAAGCAACUGCUUUUGGUAUCAUCUUUAAAUUCAUUUUGAUGGUAAAAGACCAUGUGAAGACAACAGGUGUUCCCAUCAAGGCUAUACGUGAAAGAAAUGAAAGAAGCUUUCACAGCAAGACACCACAAACAAUAUCACCAAAAGAAACCAGUUGGCAUGUAAGCUUUUAUCAAUGCCAACCAGGCUGUUGGUGAUAUUUGCUAUUGUUAUGUCUGCAUGCUUUUAAGGUAGUUAGCUUGCCACCAAUACCAAGACUUAACUGUUACAACUGAUAUCCUUAAGAUUGCUCUUAGAUUUAACCCAAGAUAGAUGGUGUAUUAAAAACAACACACACAAUUCAGAGAAAUUGAGAGAAAACCGAAAAAAAUAUUGUAUUUAUUUUUUUGUAACACAAAGUUCAUAACAAACCAUAUAAAAAUUGUGUACAGUUUGUAAUGUCAUGUAAAUCUAUUAAAGGGGAAUAAAACCAAGUUUUAAACUGAUUAUAUUUCCACAAACUAAAACAUGCUUUUUUAAUUUUAAGAAAACUUGUUAGGCUGACAUUGACUUAUGUUUGUGAGUUUGUUUGACAUUAAAUGACAAAGGCGAUACUAUCUUAGCUUGGAUAUUUGUGCAAUACCACACAAGUACCGCAUCUUAAAGUAAUUCUCACACGGUAAUUCUCAUAGUACGGCUCACAAAACUCCUUCCAGUAGACGUCUUCAAACUAUCACUUAAAAUUGCAUCAAAAUGUGCCUGUGCAAAUGGGAAUGUUUCUAAGUAAAGAAGAUACAAAUGACAGCUUGAAAUUACAUCAUGUGAACUGCUACAAACAGCAAGUACAGUCUUAAUGUGUUUCCCUAGCUUAGUGUGGUUGGCAAGUCAUACUCCUAAAAUAUUUAAAUCUAUUUUUCUUUUCUGCAACAAUGCAGUGUUUUUGCUAAUUAAUAUCACUUCAUGUUUAUUUGAUAUUCUGGUGAAUCUAAUUUCUUAAAUUUUAAUGAAAAUUAUUCCACCGUAAGAGAUUAAUGGAAAUUCUCAAUUUGGUUGCCAUUUGUCUGGAUUCGGUUUAAAAUAUGUAUGUCCAUGAAUGAUUCCGAGGAUGGAUUAAAUCAGAAGAAACUAAUGGUUUGCCUAUGCCUCCAUACAAGUAGCUCUACUCCCAUAGAAAAACAUGCUUACACAUCAAGAAGAAAAAGCUGUCAAUACGAAACCGGUACGCACAGUAAUUAAACAAUGGAUGUGAACAGCAGUCACCAUCUUCGGAGCAGUUGCCCACUGUUCGUGGUCCACAGACAGGUUGCCUCUCCAAGCCGCUUCUCUGGAUAGAAAGGUUAACAGCAGCUGUCGCAAUUAUUGUCCACAAAAAAAAAAUGCUAACAACUAAUGCGUUGGUUGUAAUCAGGAAAUGUUCAACCUGGCCUGACAUCUAAUCUGUUAGACAAGACCUACGUCUUCACCAUGGUAGAGGGCAUCUCUAACGCUGUCACACAACAUCUCAUAGAAGAGGACGAAUCUAAUCAUAGUACACAUACUAAUCUGUGAACAUACUAAACUGCCCCUGCCUUGAUAUAUAUUAUAUAUAUAUAUAUAUAUAUAUAUAUAUUAUAGGGCAUUUUUCUCUCUUUUAACUGUGCUUCAGUUAUCAUACCUUAGGUAUGUGAUUCAAAGACUGAAUGAUUAAAUCAUUGACACGAGAUUUCACUACUACACUUAUGAGAUGAUUCAGUGUUCUUUGGAACAUUUAGUGUACA